GCCCGGCCCCGACCGUGAAGGGCUGGGAGCCCGGGACCCCAACGCACCACCUCCAAGGCCCAGCCUGGGGUGACAGAUGGCGCUGGCCAGGUGCAGCUGGCUCCUCCUCAGCGUGGGGAUCCUGAGUGCGAGGGCCGAGCUCUCCAUCACCCCCGAGCCCGCCCAGCCGGCUGAGGGGGACAACGUCACUCUGGUGGUCCGCGGGCUUUCGGGGGAAGAGCUGGCCUACAGCUGGUACGCAGGGCCCACGCCCAGCCUGACCCACCUGGUGGCCAGCUACAUCGUGAGCACGGGCGAUGAGACCCCCGGCCCGUCCCACACGGGGCGGGAGGCUGUGCGCCCCGACGGCAGCCUGGACAUCCGGGGCGUCCUGCCCGGGCACUCGGGCACCUACCUCCUGCAGACCCUUAACAGGCAGCUCCAGACCGAGGUGGGCUACGGACACGUGCAGGUCUAUGAGGUCCUGGCCCCGCCCACGGUCAUCGCCAACCACACGGCGCUGGUGGAGCACCGGGACACCCUGCGGCUCCUGUGCAGCAGUCCCAGCCCCGCUGAGGCCCGCUGGUUCUUCAACGGUGACGCCCUGCCCAUUGCAGUCCGCCUCGGCCUGUCCCCUGAUGGCCGGGUGCUGACCCGCCAUGGCAUCCGCAGGGAGGAGGCGGGAGCCUACCAGUGUGAGGUGUGGAACCCCAUCAGCGUCAGCCGCAGCGAGCCCCUCAACCUGACCGUGUACUUUGGCCCGGAGCGCGUGGCCAUCCUCCAGGACGGGACCGCCCGCACAGGCUGCACCAUCAGAGUGGACUUCAACGCCUCCCUCGCCCUGCGCUGCGUGUCCCGGUCCUGUCCCGAGCCCGAGUACGUGUGGGCCUUCAACGGGCGGGCCCUGCAGAGCAGCCAGGCCCACCUGGACAUCAGCGGCAUGACGGCGGCCCAGGAGGGCACGUACACGUGCAUUGCCAAGAACCCCAAGACCCUGCUGUCCGGAUCUGCCUCCGUGGUGGUCAAGCUGUCUGCGGCGGCAGUCACCAUGAUGAUCGUGCCUGUGCCCGCCAAGCCGAUGGAGGGCCUGGACGUGACCCUGACCGUCCAAGGCUACCCCAAGGACCUGCUGGUCUACGCCUGGUACCGCGGGCCCGCCUCCGAGCCCAACCGGCUCCUCAGCCAGCUGCCGUCGGGGAACUGGAUCGCGGGCCCGGCGCACACGGGCCGGGAGGUGGGCUUCGCCAACUGCUCGCUGCUGGUGCAGAAGCUGAACCUCACCGACGCCGGCCGCUACGUGCUCAAGACCGUCACGCUGCAGGGCAAGACCGACACGCUGGAAGUGGAGCUGCAGGUGGCGCCCCUGGAGUAGCAGCGUGGCCUCGGAGACCUCGGGGAGAAGGGGUCUCCUCACCAUCUCCCCACCUCCGCCCCGAGGGCAGGACCACGCGGCAGGGACGCUGGCUGUGCCCCGGCUCCCCGCUUCGGCCCAGCGUUAGUGCCAGCGAGACUCCGCCCCUCGCUCGCUGUCCCAGAGCCA